UGAAAUUUUCAUAAGAUCAGUAAGUUCCAAGUUAAUGCAUUUCAGACCUUGUUACCAACCAGGCAACAAGGCAAGUCUUACCUAUUUUUUUUUUCCACUGGAAGAACAGGGAUUGUUUUAUAAUCUUGCACAGAAUACUAUAAGGAAGCUUUGCUUGAAGUUAGUGCAUGGUUAACAGUGAGUUGCAGAACUUAAGUGGCAGAUCUUCCUGAUGAAGCAAUCUGAAUGCUUCUGAAUGCCAAAAUUUAAAGGCUGGCAUACUGCUCCAGCUGUGGCCAGCAUUAGUAAAAUGAACAGACUUCACAUGGCUGAUCUUGUGCUUCCAUGCUGGAUUGACUGUUAGAAUUAAGAGCAGAGAAGAAAAUGUUCAAAGUUCACAGACUAAAGAAGUGCAGUAGGCUUCCAGUAAUAGUCUGGCAGUAACCAUAAUUUAGAAGUAAAAUAAGCAUGUAGUCCUGAAUGAGCAGAAGCACUCCUGAGUGUAGCUGUUUACCAGAAAAAUUACUCAAAUGGCAUUAUGGAGUUUCUCAUUGAAUGUUGUGAUGAUUUCCAGAACUAGCUUUCUUGCUCUGAACAGAGAAAGAGAAGAGAAAUGACACUGCCAAAUAUGAAAAUGCAAUCUGGAGAUUGAAUGAAUACAGUUUUUUUUUUCUUCUUCUUUUGCCUAGUGGAUGGCCAAAGUUAGAGCCUUGCUUGCACAAGUUUGUUCCCAGUGUUGUCAGCCAUACCCUCAGUGAUUCCUGUUCUUGUGCAUGGUAACUUUUAAAGCUGGUAUAAAUUGCUGGAUGAGGCUGUUACACAAAUAACAUGGAAAUAGAUAAUAUUUUCUUAUGUUGGCUCUUCACAGCUUUUGACAAGAAAAAUACAAGGCUUGGAUAUUAAGACUCAAUACAGAAAUGAGGAAGACGACACUGUCUCACAGUGAAAUUUCUUAAUUAUACACUUCAGGAGUUUAGGAACAUUGAAAAGCAGUGUUAUGCUUUUCUAUCCCCUGAUAACCUGUUUUGAGCAACUGAGAAUUAAAAGAUGUCAAUGACUACACUAUUGCAUCUAGGGAAUGAAGUAAAAAAGAUGGGAAAGCAUCUCUGGGUCAUACAAGAUUGAAUGUGUUCACACUGCUCAGCUCCUUCCUGUACAGGGUGUGCUCUUGUAUCUGUUGAGGGUAAUAGCAGACAAAUGUUCUCAUUGCUGACCCAUCAGACAAGCACAAGUGUAGCUGAUAGGAGAGCAGGAAAAAAGCCGAGUUUCCUAAUGGGGUAAUGGCUUAAUGGUAUCUUGCUUUGAUCAGAAAGGUAUUAGGCAUUCCUGGCCCUGGGAGCAUUGAGUUCCAAAUGUUGUUAGACACUAAGUGUAUACACUGUGCCAUCUGGGAUGUGGGCUCUAGGAAAGGAGACACUGAGCUGGUGUAAGCUGCUACCAUGGUGUUGCUGAAGUCCUGGGGCAGGUAAAGUUUACGGUGGCUGAUGAUCUGCCUGGGUUCAUUAUGGUGGAGGGAUGUCUAGGAUUUCAUUUUCUACGGUACUUUGACCAUAUCCGUCUCCUUUUCCCCUUAAGAGUCAGUCAAAACAAAGCCCAUUUUAAAAGAAAUGAAUGUAGAAAAUGUGAAACAUAAGGAUCUUUCACAAAGCGUCUUUUACAGUGCUGGGGACAUAAAACAGGGCAGUGGAAGACAAGCCAUUAUGUAUGUUGAGGAAGUCUAAGAAUAAAGAUUAUAGGCAAACAGUCUACCUUUCUUUACAAGGCCUUGAUUUACAUCCCUGAAAUCUCAAAUUUAGCUAUUACAAUGAAGUCCUGUUGCACACAGAGCUGACUUUCUAUCACCACUUAAAAUCUAAUUAAUCCGUAUUGAAGCACAAAGAUUUCUGUUGUGUUUUAGGGUGAGGGGUCAUAGAGCCCUCUUUGUUCAUCCUCAGGCUUGUAAUCAUCAGGCAUUGGGAUAUAAUUUUACCAAGCAAAUUGGAAGGUAACAGAUCAAAUCCUUAUCGGAAAGCCUAACUCAUGGUUUAGUGAAGUCCUUCCUCCUUUAUGUGAAACUUUAUAUUCGUGAAGAACAAAAAAGUGUUUCAGAGCUGAAAAAGGGUUAAUAGCAAGGGCUUAUAUUUGGGGCAGCAGAGAACUAAAAUCAUCAUAGCUUCCACCAUCACUCAAGGUAGUAGUUGUUACAGAACUGCUGGGGAGACCUUCCUCCUCAAGCUUUUAGGACUCUGCUUUUAUAAUGGCCUUGGUCUAUAGACCAAUGAUGCAAUUAAGUGGCAUGCUAUUCUCUCUGUUGGGGUGGGUCCUAUCCUGCCUCACUACCUACUUACCCCAGUGGAAGAAUCUUAACUUGGAACUGAAUGAACUGGAGAUCUGGACCAUGGGACUCUGGCAAGCUUGUGUUGUCCAGGAAGAAGGGGGAAUGCAGUGCAAGGACUUUGAUUCCUUCCUAGCUUUGCCUCCAGAGCUCAGGAUUUCUAGGAUUUUAAUGUUUUUUUCCAAUGGAUCAGGGCUUUUGGGCCUCUUGCUCUCAGGAUUUGGGUUGGACUGUUUGAAAAUUGGUGAAAGACAACAGGAACAAAAGAAACGGCUGUUGCUGUUUGGAGGAAUACUCUUCUGGAUGUCGGGGAUUACAGCUGUUAUCCCAGUUUCUUGGGUUGCCCAUUCUACAGUCCAGGAAUUUUGGGACGAGAAUAUACCAGAUAUUGUCCCCAGGUGGGAUUUUGGGGAAGCGUUAUUUCUUGGCUGGCUUGCUGGUUUUUUCCUUAUAUUAGGAGGAUCCCUACUUAAUUGCACAAUCUGUUCAACUGAAGUCCAUCCAUCUUCGGGCCAUUAUACAGUAGCAGAACAGCAAGAUCAGUGUCAACACUUGGAAACUGAAACUAGGCCUUAAAAUGGAAGGUUUUAAGCCAUACAGAAAGACUGCCUUAUCUUUUUCAAACCCUAGUGCAAGCCAGAUGCUUGUUCCAAUAGUAAUUCAAAGGACUCUUUGUUAUCUAGCUGAUUUCCUAAACUUGUGUCUGUUUUCUCUGUAACUGGUAUUGGAAGUUGAUGUUUUCUGACCUGCAGGACAGUUUAAAACUUUGUUUCACAGCCAGAAUGCUGAAGUUCUCACAGACUGUGCAGAAAAGGUGCUUUUGCUUUCUUAGCUGCAGUGUAAAAUCCUGAAAAUGACUAUGCAUGCUCCCUAACAGCUUGGCUUUUAACCAAAAUAUGCUUCCUUUUCAUAUGUAACCAAUGAAAUGAGCCUCUAAGCUUGAUUCCCUGUUGCCAUUUUCCACUUGCCUAAUGCAGUGACACACAAGCUUGAGUUUUCACAUCCUAAACAGUCUAUAUAUAUAUAUGUAGUGCAUAAAAUAGUUUUCUGUGUACAGGGAAGUUGUUAUGCUAAGAAAACUGUUGCUUUCUGAAAUUCUAGCAAGCUUUGCAUAUGUCUUCUUGUGCCUGGGAUGUUACAGUGUGGGUGCUUCAUACCCAGGAAGUUGUGUUUUCCCAGUCUGGUACGUUAAGCUGCCCAUUUGAGUUCUUCUGGGUGUUUCUGGCACUUGCAUACUUUAUGUACCAAAAAUAGGCUGAGAAAUGUUGCUUUAAAAAAUACUUACAUUUUCUUCUUCUGAUACAGGUAUCGCAGAAUUAUGCAUCCUAUCAAAGGCUGCUUAAGCUCCAUUUGCUUAUAGCAACAUGUUGUUCUGAACAUGUAGCACCUUUGACCAUAAAUUAUAUUUAACUGCUCCCAAAACGGACACCUUCAUUUGCUCUAAGUAGAAGUGUGUCAAUGUGGUACUGAAACUUAAAGGUGAACAGUGAGAUGCCAAAACUAGCAGAACUGCUGUAAUGCAUUAGUAGAUAGCCGGAAAGUCAAGUGCAUGCCUUUCUUGAAAAACAAACCCACCAGUAAUGAAAAGUGAGCCCAGCUGUAGCCACACCCUCAGCAGCUGCUUUACCACUCCAUCUUCCUAUCUCCAAAACACUGCAGAUGGAAUCAAGCAACACAAAGCAGGAGGGGGAGGAGUAUUCCAUGCUUCAUAAAGCAUUGUUUUAACUUUCGUUUAUGUUCAGUAUGACAAAGAUUUGAGCAGAACAGUUUCUGCAAAAGCAAGCAGUGUGGUGCUUCUGUGGCUACUAAAUAUCAACUUGGCCCAGAGACAAGAGACUACAGUUAGUUGGAUUUCCAUUGUCUGUACUAGGAUGGCUUUUAACCAGUAACUAUUUACCAGACUUGGAAAAAUCUCAACUUAGACUUAAAUGUACAGAAGCUUUGGACCAUGGGACUCUGGCAAACCUUUAUAGUCCAAGACUUGGGAGGAACACAGUGUAAAAAAUUUGAUUAUUUCCUAGCUUUGCCUCUAGCAGUCAAGACUUACAGGAUUUUAGUAUCUACGUCAAAUGGAUUAGGACUUCUGAGGCUUGUGAUCUCUAGUCUUGGUUUGGACUACCUAAAGAUGGAGUAUACAGAGCAGAAGCUAAAGAAACCGCUGUUACUACUUGGAGGAAUACUCCUGUGUGUCCCGGUUUGACAAACGGUGACACUGUGGAUGUUUGGAGUUCUGGCUUUAGUCCCUGUUUCUUGGCUUACCCAUACUAUAAUCCAGGAAUUUGGGGAUUAAGACAUGCCAGAGAUUGUGCCCAAAUGUGAAAUGGGGGAUGCACCGUUCAGUGGUUGGUUUGGUGGAUUUUUUUAUCAAUCUAGGGGGAUCUCUACUCUUCUCCACAAUCUGCUUAUCCUCUGACCAUCAGUUACCAGAGCAGUGUGCAAUGGCAGACAUGCAAGACACCCAUCAACAUGCGGAAAUUGGACACAGAAGACUUUAAAAAGGGCAUGCAUGGAGACUUGACCAUAUUUUAAAUGGCAGAACUCUUGCUGGGGAUGCUUUAAACAAUGUCUUUUUUCCAAAAAUAGUAGCAGUUUAAGUAGUUAAACAGUUCAUAGUGCCAUUUCAACAUGCAUUACUAAUACAGUAGUACAACCUUGAAUGAAGUUCCCUGGACCUGUAUCACUUACGGAAAACUAGAUGUUCUCAUACUAAUAUCAUGUAGUACAAGAUGCUCCAUCAUCUGUGUGUGUAUGAGAGAGAAUGACUGAAUGUACCCCUGCUCAAUCCUCCUCUUGCUCUCCUCUCUCUCCAAGGAAAGCCACAGUUGACUCUGUUAAUUGCUACUGCAGUUUUUACUUAAUGAAUGUAAAGAACUAACUUCAAGUAUAUAACUUAAGCUAAGACUUGUCAGUGAUUGAUGUGAACUUUCUAUAAAUUACAAUGAUUUUACAUUGACAAAGCUGUAGCAGCAAAGAGCAUAUAAAGACAGAACAGCAAUAAAAGAAUAUAACAAAAACACUGGUCUGGAAAAGAACUUUGUUAAAAAAAUGUAUUUUCCAAUCACUGAAACACAUGGAAAGUGCAGAGACAAGUUAAUCUAUGUGAUGUACUUGCAUACUCUUACAGACAAAAUUAGAACAGAAACACAUUCAGAAUAUAACCUGAUUAAAUACUUAGUUCAGUCCUGAGCAUUUGAUAUUUAAUACAGUAUAAACAUAACAAUAGUAAAAAGAAAUAAUCUUAAAAUUACUUGAUUUGUGUUCUAUUACAAUUUCUGCUAAACUUUGCUCAUUUGGCUAAAUACUCUUGUACCAGUAAUAUUUAGAUUUUAAUAUGUGCAACUGCAGUGACAUUGGUACCUGAAAGCAGAACUAAUUACAUUCAUUAUACCCUGCUGUGCAGAGUAAUAUUUAUAAUUUUCAAUCGAUGAGGGGGAUAUUUGUAUGUGUUAUUUUAGCUUACUCUAUUGCGCAUUUCAAGUGUGAAUAAUCUGAAUUAGUAAAAAAACCCCUCCAAACCAAGAAUUGUUAAAAACAGCCUAUAAAUAGGUUCAACUUUACCAAUUUGGAAAACAAGGAGCAUGAAUAUGUUUGUUUCUCAUGUUUAAUGAGUUUUGUAAGCUAAAGCCAGCAAUACUUACAUUGUGAACUUGUCAUGCUUACAAAUGAGAUUAUAAUACUUUUUUUUUUAAUUAUCCAACAUGUGGGGAGAAACAGCUAAUCUGGCAAGAAUUUAGACAGCUCUAAAUAUCUUUCAUAAUAGCAUCCUUAUUGUCAAGUAUUUUUAUGUCCAGAACUGAACUAUAUUAAACAGAACAUAAAUAAGACUGUAAAUAAAUAAAAGAAAAAUCAAAGUACACCUCUAACAUCAUUCUACAAACAACUUAUAUAAUUGAAUUGAGAAGCUGAAACUGUCAACCUUCUUUUCACCUCUACAUUAAAUAAUUCCAGAUUUGUUUUUUUU